AUUCCUACUAAAAUAGAAACAGAAAUAAAUGAAGACAGUCAGGGUCAGGCUGUAACAGUCUUGCAUGUCAGUUAUAUCACUUCUCAUCUCUUGCAUCCUGUUCAGACAUAAUGGGUGACACUGACGCAAGUCCCAGGGGCCUAGAAUUGUUUAGCAGAAUCAAAGCUUUAACCAACCAUACCAGUGUCUUGACAACUGAAAUCAAUGAAGAGCUUCUCCUCAACAAGCUGAAAGGACUGGUUACAAAUAUCAAAUGGAGCCCAACAGUUGCUGUUGACUUGUUUGAUGCUCUUAUGAAACGAUUUGAGUCAAAUUCAACAAAUGACAGAUCACAUUUCCUCUCAUGGAUGUUGGGAAUGUUGCACUGUAUAGAGAUUCAUUAUAUAAAUCCCAGUUGGAGAUGUCAAAGAGGAAAGACACUUAUUGAGCUGGUCCAAGACGAGAAUGUAACAGAUGAAGACCUAAAGACAUGUUUAGCUGAUGAACAAGAAAAGCAACUGGAUGAAAUUAUUGAGGAAAUCCGUCAACAACAGUUAAACCAAAUUGAUGAAAAGCUUUUAGAUGAGGUGAGAGACAUUGUAUCAUCAGUUCAUGAAGAUCUUACUUCAGGCAAUGAUGGAUCACAGAGGAGUGGCUUGAAGAAAGACUUGCUGAGGCUCUGUCAAGCAGCUGAGAAAACUCACUUUAGACCACGAGUGACACAGAUUGUGAGCUUGUGUCUUAUGGCUCUUUCCAAAACAGGGCGAUUAAUUCAGGUUGGCACUGGAGAAGGAAAGUCGUGUAUUGUGGCGAUGUUUGCAGCAUUUCGAGCUAUGAGAGGACAAAAAGUAGACAUCAUGUCCAGCUCGUCAGUUCUGGCACAAAGAGAUUCGGAAGAAUGGGCAAAAUUUUAUAAGGUUUUAAAAAUCAGUGUAGACUGCAACAUCAACAAACAAGACCAUGACUUGAAAAAGUGCUAUCAGAGUCAAGUUGUUUAUGGUACUGUGGAAGAGUUUGCUGGAGACUGGUUAAAGCAUCACUUUCAAAGGAAGGACAUAUUUGGGGAAAGGAAAUUCCAAUGUGCGAUUGUGGAUGAAGUGGACUCGUUGAUGCUGGAUAAGGGUCUUCAUGUUGUCUAUUUAAGUAGUGAUAUACCUGCUUUACAACAUAUCAAUCCACUCUUGGCAUUCAUAUGGGCCGCUACUAAUCAGUACAGUAAGAUUGGCACAGAGAAAACUGUGGGUCGAAAAUACCCCUUUUAUGAAGUGGUGCUUGAAAACAUAACAAAGGGCAAAGAUAUCGAUGAGUUCACGAUUCUUCAAAUGGCUGAGGACAUCGGUAUUCUGACAAAAGGUUCAGUCAGGGAUCUUAGGAGGAAUAUGAGCCUUUUACCCGAGAAAACUGCAAGUCUCACUGCCAACCAGCUGGCUGAGUUCUUUGAGACAGUAGAGAGGAGAUUCCCAUCUUGCCAGUUUGCUCUACACUGCAUAAACAAUGAUGGAGCAAUAAAGGAACUGAGCAAAGGGCAACAAAGAGAAAAUGGGGAAAAGCAAAGAGUACCAGUGCUUUUAAUCAACGGGGGCUUAUGUCAGUACAUGUAUUGUGAUGAAGAGAGUGUACGCAGAGCUGCAGAACAAGAAAUAAAACGCGCUCUGCAUUUUACACCACGUCAAUUGAGCAAAGAAGACAAAAGUAGUUGCUACAUCCCGGGCUUCCUCUCAAAUCUGGUCGAAGCAAAACUAAAGGUGUGGAUUGAAAAUGCAUUCUAUGCACAAACAAUGACAAAAGAUCAUGAAUAUAUCAUGGAGAAACAUGGAAUAGUCCCCGUAGACUACAGCUGCACAGGUGUUGUUGAAAACUUCAUGAAAUGGUCAGAUGGACUGCAGCAGUUUCUUGAAAUGAAACAUGAGUCCAAGCUGAGUGACAUGACAGCUAUCACGAACUAUAUGUCCAAUGUUGGCUUGUUUCAGAAGUAUAAAGAUCAGAUCUAUGGAAUCUCUGGGACUCUUGGCCAACAAGCAGAGACUGAGACCUUGCAGAAAAUCUAUGAAGGUAUCAAGACCUGUCAGAUACCUUCAUUCAAACGCAGAAAGCUGUUUGAGGUUGAAGGAGUGAUAGUAGAUGAUGAAAAAGAAUGGAUUGAAAAAAUCUGUAAUGUUGUAACGGCACAAACCAAGCCUACUCUAUAUAGGGAGGGAAGAGCUGUGUUGAUCAUCUGUGAGACCAUCAAUCGAGCAAAGGUUCUCCACCAUGCUCUAGGAGAUAAAGUCCCAAACAAAAAGCUUUACAUAAACAACAAUGUGGACAAUACUGCAAUCUUUGCCAAGGAGCUUAAAGCAAGAGACAUCAUUAUAGCAACAAACCUUGCAGGUCGUGGAACAGACCUUAAGGUUUCUGACAAAGUAAACAGAGCCGGAGGUUUGUUCGUUUUGCAGACCUUCCUGCCCAAGAACGCUCGUGUGGAGGCACAGGCAUUUGGCCGCACUGCAAGACAAGGAUCUCCUGGGUCUGCUCAGCUCAUUGUCUGCUCCAACCAUCUGUCAGGAACACUUCAGUUGCUCGUUUUGACAAAGAAAUUACUGUCUUUAUUGGAAAAUAUUACAGAUACCACUCCCCUAUUUCAAGAUCUUCUCAUGAAGCAAAUGAGGUUGUAUCAAAAAAUCCACAGCACUGAGGGAACCAAAGACAUGUCUGAGAUCCUGUCACAUAUUUUGACUGAAAACUCCAAGUCAGCAAUGAAGACAGCUAAAGAGGUCAGAGACAACAUAGUGGCUGAACGACUAGCUAGCUACUUGGAGUGUGAUGUUCCGCAGAGAAAGAAGAAGCAAGAGCUCUUCAGUCAGUAUCUGGAGGUACUAGAUGAUGUGUACAAAAGCAGUAACAACAAGCCAGCAGAUUCAGAUUUGUCUGCACUGAAUGAAUUCUGGGGUAUGUGGCUACUUACAAACUUCGAUGAGAAUGACUCUGUCACAAAUCUGAAAAGCAGACUGAGUAGAGACCUGGACAGAGCCAGGCAAAAACUCAAGCACAGAGAAUCACCCUUAUCAAACCUGCACCACUACACUGCCUUUGGCAAUGAGCUGCGCAGAACAGGACAUCUUGCAGAGAGUAUCAAGAUGUACACUAAAGCCAUAGAGGAGGACCACUGUUGGGCAGCAAUUGCAUUUUACAACCGUGCUUUUGCAUCUUUAACCCUGCAAGACAGGCACCACAAUCUAAACAGCAUCAAUCAUGCUAUGAAAGAAUUGCAAAAGUCUCUCCAGUCUCUUGAGCUUUACUGUGAACAGAUUGAAUUCUCCACACAACAAAUGAAGAAGACCCUCAGCGAUUCAAUGACCAGAUUUGACAAACACAUGGCAGCCAGAUAUACAGUGUGGCUGUUUUUAAAGGAAAACAUAAAUGAUGCCAUAAAGAAGCUACAGAGGGCCAGAGACUUUGGUGAGGCUGUCAAAAUGGAUAAGAAGUCAGUCUACUUCCUAUUUCCAUUAUCACAUUUAUUGCCCUUUGUAAAGCAUGUGAUGGAAUCAACAUUUUUCUUUGUCUUCAAACACAGAGACCCUCUGAUUAUACUACAGCUCUUAAAUGAUUGCUCCUCUGACAUUUUAAAGGAAAUGGGGGGCCUUGAACGUCUUGGGCUGACUCAUGUUUAUACUCUUAACAUACGGCGUACUCUGGGUGGAUUUUUCAUGGGGGUGCGCAGGGCUAUACAUCGAGCUUUCAAUAGAAUCACACAAUAUUUGUAUUUGUCCAAAUGAUUUAUGCCAUGAAGUCUAGCAAACUUGCCUACAGUAUAUUCAGGUGUACAGCAUGUUGAGUGGAAAAAACACAACAGUUCUUGUUGCUAGGUAGCUGCAGGUUUGGUGUAAAUAUCUCUGUAAAUGAAAAUCCAUGCAAUCCUUUAACUAAAAUGAUGAAAUGAUACUUGAGAAUGAGAAUCAUGUAGUUACUAAUGCAUAUGUGGUCAACAAAUGCAGGUUACCAUACAUUUAAUUUGCUACAUUUAUGGAUUCAUUUUGUCAAAAUACUGAGCUUGGUGUACUACUGAGUUUUUAUAUUAUCAUUUUUUUGCAUUGUAUUCAUACUACAACUCUUAUACUUUUCAGUUAAUAUUUAAAUUGUACAAUAGUGGCAUUUUUCUGAUUUGCAUUUGUUCAAAACUGUAUAUUUGUUUGUUUAAAAUUUUCUUUACGCUGCUACCAAUGCGAGCCUUGUGUUAAUGGUGUUCAGUAAACUUGCAGUGGAUAAAUGUUUAUACCACAGUGAUGGAGAACUUACUUUUCCCCCUCAUUUAUAAACAUAAAGCCACAUUUCAGUUUUGUGUUGCAAUAACUCAGUUUCUUUUAUAGCUUUAUUGCCCCAUAAUGGUGCCACAUUGGUUGCUAUAGUAUUGCUAAAUUUAUUCUUUAUGUUUGGUGUGCAGACGGCUCUGAGUGAAGGAGUGGAUUCAGUUUAGAACAUCCACUGCAAUAGUUCAACAGCGCCCCCGUGUUUAUUGUGUGACACUGCAAUAAUGGAAAAGUAGAUGAGUUUAAUUAGUUUGUUGAAAACAGUGGUCAACCACUUUUAGGGACCACCUUAUCAAGGUGUUAGUUCAUUUUGUAAAUUAUUGUACAUAAAUAAUAAUAAAUAAAUAUUACAAGAAUAUCUCAAGAUAAACAUUUGCCUCCUCCUUCUAUCUCUUAGAUAUGGUGUAGUAAAAUCAGAGGUAGACAAAGUACACAGCUCCAUCACUUGAGUAGUUUAGAUCCUCCUUGUCAAAUGUUACUAUUACAAGUGCAAGUAAUCAUUACUUGAGUUAAGGUACUGGAGUUCUUGAUUAAAAAUGAAAAAUACUCAAGUAUUUAAAUACACAUUUUUUCUGUUGUUGUAUUAUUCCACAUUUACAAAACCUAAUGACUCUGAAACAGCCUACUGAAUGAACUGACUUACUGUAGAACUUGAGAGUAAAAAGCUUAUAGAGUAUGAUACAAAGAUUAUAGAUAUGGAUGUAGGUCAUUUGACCAGCCACAGCAUAAAACCGCUGCAAUUACAAGCUGUCUGUUUAAAGUUUAAAAGUGGA